CAUGCGCGUCUAUGUUUUCCACACAAGGUCAUCUACACGUGUACCGGCUGCCAGAAGUUGCAGCGCUCAGGGACAAAGUGCUGUAGCUGAGCCUCUGUUUGCCCAAAGUUACUCUAAACAUGGCGAGAGGAAGUCGCAGUCGUCCUUCAGCAUCAGCAAGUGCUCCUGCUCAGUCCUACGCUCCGGCUCCAGUGGCUCCUCCUCCGUCAGCCGUGGCCCCGGCUCCUGUCCAGCCCAAACAGCCAGGCCUCAUGGCUCAGAUGGCCACGACGGCCGCGGGUGUGGCUGUGGGCUCGGCUGUGGGCCAUGUGGUGGGCGGCGCCCUAACCGGAGCCUUCAGCGGAAGCAGCUCCUCUGAAACACCAAGACCAGCUCCUGCGCAUCAGGAGCCUGCGCGAGCUGCUCCCCCUCAGGCCGGGCCAUGCCUUUUCGAAGUGAGGCAGUUUCUCGACUGUGCUACCACUCAGACAGACCUCAGCUUGUGCGAAGGCUUCAACGAAGCUCUCAAACAGUGCAAAUUCUCACACGGUGUUUCAUCCCUGGUGUGAAGAGCAUUUUGAAAGAAAACACUAAAACCAGCUGUCCACUUGGUACAAAUCGUCUAGAUCCCUCCAGCACUUGACCUCUAUUACUUCAUUUCUGUUGUAGUUUUUGACUUGUGUGUAUGAUAAAAAAUAAAAAGCUGCUAUUUA